AUGAGCGUGGUGAGCAUGGUGCUUGGGCUCGCCUUGCUCAUCGCGGGAGUGGUCCCAGCCACCUACAACCCCCCUGCGUGCAAAUCCUCGUCUUCGUCAUCAUCGAGCUCGGCAUCUGGAAGCUCUUCUUCCUCCAAUGCGGGAUACAACUCGGGAGAUGAUUCUGGAUACAACUCGGGAUACGACAGCGGAUACAACUGGGGCUACAACUAUGGUUACAAUAAGGGAUACGAAACUACGUUCAUGUCAACCUACAACGACGGAUACAACUAUGGGUACAACAAGGGUUACAACAAAGGCUACAACGGGUAUUCGUACAAUAACGCUUACUCCAGUGUGAACAACGGAUACUCCUCCUACUCAUACACCAGCAGCAUGUCUUCGUAUUCCUACACCGCAGGAUACUCCGCAGGACGCAGCCUGAGUGACUUGUCGGGUCAUAGCUAUGACUACAACAGCGGAUACAACUUAGGAUACAACUUGGGAUACAAAAGCGGAUACCAGCAGGGAGACUCGUUGAACACAUACAGGCUGUCAUACAACUCGGGGUACGACUCUGGCUUCAACUCAGGGUACAACACCGGACAUAAAACCAACCUCAAUUACAAUUCAGGCUACUGCUCGGGCUACUACAACAGCUACAAAGCACACCAAUCGUCAAGCUCGGACUACAAUCAAGACUUGACCUCGUCUUACAACACAGGUUACAACUCGGGCUACUACAGGGGCUCCUAUUCGCAUACGUCGAGCUCGUACGGCAGCGGCAGCAGCGGCAGCAGCAGCAGCAGCAGCUCUUCAUGGGACUACUACUCUGAGAGAAGCUGUGAAGACGAUCGAAGUGGAGCCAGGGCAUGGUUGAAGUAUCUAGGGUUAUAUGGAAUCAUUCCUGGCCUCUACACUCUCGUCUUCUCAGGUCUUGGAAUUGUGACUAGCCGCAAACGAACGAAGCUAUGGGGAGAUGACUAUGAUCUGAUCAAGAGCGACAGCUUCUGCUCGAUGGCCACUGGCAGCGCAUGGGCAAUCUUUGUAUUCAGUCUUCUUUUGUUUAUCUCUCAGAUCGCCUCGUCUAUCGUCAUGUGCUCGCUGUGCUGUCAGCCCGACGAGUGGGUUGAGGUCAAUGCGGUUCGGCCUAUACACAUCGAUUAUGGAAUGCCAAUAGCAAAGACCAUCGGUGCCGCUCCCAAGCCAUCGCAAGGGACCCUGAGCUCGCUGGUGGAUGUUGGACCAGGUGGUUGCAUCGAGAUACUACCAGGCACAUAUUUCGUGAAUGCAAUCAUCAUGAAAGAUCUUACAUUGCGGGGGAUGGGUGAUCAAAACAACACCGCACUCGUUUCACGCUUCUGCUGUACUCUGGUCAUUGAGAGUUGUAAGGUGAACCUGGAAAACCUCACGCUGGCGGUGAGUGAAGGGACUCUGACCGAUCACGCCAUGGAGCUUCAUGAGGCUUCGGUCACCAUGGAAAGCUGCGAUGUCUACGGAGGAACAGCAGCUCUGUUUGCCAAUUCUAACUCCAAGAUAGCGGCGACUCACUGUCAGUAUCAUGAUGCACAUUCGUUCGGAGUUGCCUUGAUGAACUCUGAAGCUGAAUUCUUGGAUUGCUAUUUCUUCAGGAACGGAGAAGAUGGGUGUAACAUAGGGGGCAGUGCAGCCAAACUUGAGCUGCAAAAUUGUAGAAUAUCCGACAACACUUGCUUCGGUGUGCAUGUACAUGACGGGGCGUCCAUGGCCGCCAAUAAAUGCAACGUGAUCAAGAACGAGCAGGAAAUCCCUCAUGGUGGGCACGAUUCCAACCAUCUCAAGAGUACAGGGAUUAUGAAACAGUCAUGCGCAGAAUUUCAGGACUGCAGAAUCAAGCUGAACAAAUGGCAAGGGAUCUUCGUUCUCGACGGGUCUCUCAAAGUCCUUGAAAUCUAUAAGAAGUGCUCGAUUGAUCUGCAGAAGAGGCUGCACAACUAUCCCAACGGUACGCAAGCAAGUGGUGCUAUGACUGGCUCUGAGAACAAGGAAGGGUGGGAGGAUAGGAUAUUGCGAGAUCCCAAGGCCUACAUGCUGAUUGAGCGGCUGUUUCGAAACAUUGAGCAAGAAACGGAUACAGACAUUGAUGAAUUGGAUAUGGAAAUCCAUGAAUUUCUACAGGAUCUUGGAUUAGAAAGAUUCGUUGAGAGGUUCAGAAAGCUGGACUGCAAUGCCGUCAGGGAUCUUCUUCCCAUGAGGGAUACUGACUUCGUAUCAGGAGCUAGCCAUGCUCCUCAGCAUUUAGUUCCUUGCAAAUUUGCAUCCUUGAUAGAAGCCACCAAGUUUCAGGCAAGAAAAGCUGACAAACAACGCAACUACGAAGAAUGGAAGAAGCUUCGCUCUCUGUUUGCUGAUCGCAUUGGGUUCAACACCACAGGAGCCGAUGUCGACACGAAGCUACGGAAACUGUUCAGUGAGCUCGAUGUUUCGAGGACAGCAGGACAGCGAGGAAUACACGUUGACGAGCUGAAGAAAGGCCUCCAGGUACACAAGUGA